UCCCUCCCUGCAUCGAGCUGGGAAUAAAAAGCUCCAUCAUCCUCCUGCGAUACAAGCAUCGUUUUUGGCGGAGCUAGGGCAUCUUCCCAACCCCCCCCUCCCCAACCGACACCCAUGACUACCGACUAGGGUCGCUGGUUAACGGACAAACAGAGGGAUAUAAGGACAGUAAUAUGGCGAAACACCGCAAAGAUAGAGACAGCUGGGGUGAGUGGUCCCUCAGUGACAAAAAUGUCUAUGACUGGAGCUCAGAGGAGGAGGAGCCGGACGGACGAGCCCGGCCCGUGCAGGUGCUGCUGGUCAAAGACGAUCACACCUUCGAGCUGGAUGAGGCGGCGCUGAGCCGCAUCCUGCUGGCGGAGGAGGUCCGAGACCGCGAGGUGGUGGCCAUCUCUGUGGCCGGAGCUUUCCGCAAGGGCAAGUCCUUCCUCAUGGACUUCAUGCUGCGUUACAUGUACAACCAUGCUUCUGAAACCUGGCUGGGAGAUGCAGACGCGCCUCUGACCGGCUUCUCCUGGAGGGGGGGCUCGGAGAGGGAGACCACUGGGAUCCAGAUCUGGAGUGAGGUCUUCCUGGUGGACAAACCAGACGGAAGAAAGGUCGCUGUAUUGCUAAUGGACACCCAAGGCACGUUUGACAGCCAGUCGACGCUGAGGGAUUCAGCCACUGUGUUCGCACUGAGCACCAUGAUAAGCUCCAUGCAGGUUUACAACAUCUCACAGAAUGUACAAGAGGACGACCUUCAGCAUUUGCAGCUUUUCACCGAGUACGGCAGACUAGCUAUGGAGGAGACUUUCCUUAAACCAUUCCAGUCCAUGAUUUUCCUCGUUCGAGACUGGAGCUUUCCGUAUGAGUUUCCCUACGGACAGGAAGGAGGCAUGAAGUUCCUCGAGAAGAGGCUGAAGAUCUCAGAGAACCAGCACGAAGAGCUGCAGAACGUGCGUAAACACAUCCACUCCUGCUUCACCAACAUCUCCUGUUUCUUGAUGCCUCACCCCGGCCUCAAAGUGGCCACCAACCCACUCUUUGAUGGGAGAAUUACAGAGAUUGAUGGCGAUUUCUUGAACAACCUGAAGGUUCUGGUCCCCUGGCUUCUCAGUCCUCGUAACAUCGACGUGAAGGAGAUCAACGGCAGCAAAAUCACCUGCAGAGGCCUGGUGGAGUACUUCAAGGCGUACAUCAAAAUUUACCAAGGUGAGGAGCUGCCACAUCCAAAAUCCAUGCUGCAGGCCACAGCAGAGGCGAAUAAUUUGGCAGCAGUAGCAGCCGCAAAGGAUCUGUACAACAAGAAAAUGGAGGAGGUCUGUGGGGGUGACCGGCCCUUCCUGGCCCCCAGCGAGCUGCAGGCCCGACACAGCACCAUCAGAGAGGAGGCCCUGCAGGUGUUUCGGGGCGUGAAGAAGAUGGGAGGCGAGGAGUUCAGCCGCCGCUACCUGCAGCAGCUGGAGGGAGAAAUCGACGAGGUGUUUGUCCAGUACAUCAAGCACAAUGACUCCAAGAACAUUUUCCACGCAGCCCGCACGCCGGCCACUCUGUUCGUGGUCAUCUUUGUCAUGUAUGUGGCUGCGGGCAUCACAGGCUUUGUGGGCGUGGACAUCAUUGCCAGCCUGUGUAACAUGAUCCUGGGUCUGGCACUGAUCACUCUCUGCACCUGGGCCUACAUCCGGUACUCCGGGGAAUACCGAGAACUCGGCGCCGUCAUCGACCAGGUGGCUGGUGCGCUGUGGGACCAGGGAAGCACAAAUGAGGCUCUCUACAAGCUGUACAAUGUAGCGGCCAAUCACAGGCACCUGUACCACCAUGCCUUCCCCGGGCACCAGGUGGAUGAGGUUGCCGAGGAGCAGGACAAGAAGAGGGACUGAUUAGAUUAGACAGAGUACAGCAGGGACUUCCUGGUGAUGGACAAGAGGAAGAGGAGGAGGAGGAACAUCCUCACUCAUCAGGCACUCUUUUAUUCUGGUAUUGGCUGAUGCUGCCCACCAAUACAUCCACUACUUUAAACCUAAUAAUGGACUGUAUAAUGUUCACGUAUAGGCAAUGUCAGAGCAUCUCCUCAGAGGGUGCUUGCUUUCAAGCGAUGGAUGCCAUUUAUCAUUGUCUCACUUUUUUGUCUGUGGAAAAAAAUAGCACCUGUACAGAUACUGUAGGCACUCUGCCAGAGGAGACCUCGGCAUAUCCAACCUCCAGUCAGCUGUUGAUUUUAUAUCAGACGGGUUUUUUCUUUGCCAUCAUUUGUCAUCGACGAUGAUCUUUCGAAGUAUAGCCAAAUCUGUGAAAUCCCCAUUUGUGACGAUCGUUCUGUUCUUUGAAGUUUAGUGCUGUUUAUAAGAAACAAUAUCUAUGAUCUGCGACGUUUGAAAGCCAAAAUAUGUACUGUAUGUUAAAUAAUGAAGCAUUACAAGCAUCAUCAGCAUGGUAAAUGGUUAAUGUCUGUCAUCUUUAAGCUCUAAAACCAGGUAUACUUUAUAAAAAAUUUAGUUUUAAUGGUUGUGACAAAGUGGUAUUGUGCCAUAACAUGUAAGAAAAAAAAAGGAAAAAAAAUUUCACAUCUACUGCAGCCUGGCUACAUGCAGACACUCCAUGGCACAUUUAUUAGUUGUAUGCAGUAUGUUUUGUUUUGGAGGUUGGUGUUACUUUUCUGGAUCAGGGAGUUGCUUUGUGCUGACAUAUUCUUUCAAAUAAGAGCACUGGGUGGAAAGACAAAAACAGAUCAAAGUUUACACAACAUAGCUGACAUUAUCUUUCACUUUGUAGUCCGCUUGCAGUUUUGUAAUUUACGCAGCGUCCCAGUGAUCCUCUAUAUAUGUGUUUGGUCUUUGAGGUUGAGGGGAAAGAGUGUGUUUGGCUUCCAUUGUGAUGUAGAGGUGGUGGGUGAAACCAUUGUUGUGUUUUUCUCUCUGAAUGUUCGAGCAAAUCCGAGGAAUGUAGCUAUUCUGUGGCCACUGAGGAAUCAAAGCUAGUUGUUAUUAGGCGGGGCGACAGGCCUGCUUUGGAAAAGGAUCCUCAUUCCACAUCUCUUUCAUCAUCUUCACACACUUAAGUUGAAUCAUCUGUAACAAAAAAAAAAGAAAAGAAAAGAAAUGAAACUGUUGCAUGGUGAAAGAGGCCAGGCCCAGACUUUUUGUGUUCCCAAAAACAGCUUGCAUUAUAAACAAAAGGCUUGUAUUGGUGGCAGCACUUUUUGGUGUUUGAAUACUUUGGCUUAGUAGACUGUUACUGUACAUUUGUAUAACUGUGGUCAUUGUUUUUAGCUCAUUGAAUAACCCCCAAUCAUAGAUCUCACUGUAAAACUGUCUGCAUCACUUACAGCUGCAGCACUGAACUGUUUUUUUUCCAUGUAGAUCUGGUCACCAACAGUACAGGAACACUGUCAUGCAUAUUUAGCAAGUUUAUACUGAGGUUUGACCUCAAGGGUUGAAAAUUUAAAGGCACUGCAGCAGAGUGGCUUCUUGAGUCUUCCACAAUGUAUAAUCAACAUCAGUGAGGCCUUCACACAAAGAUCCAUCUAAGUCCAGUUUAAGAUUCGUGAGGUUUUCAAAUCCCAUUUUCUUCAUGACUAUGUUGAAGCGCCCAUUCAUAAGUCAGAAAAGUAGCAUUUGUUUACAUUGUGUUGCGUUUACACUCCAAAUUAAAUAAUUGAAGAUUUAAUCUGUUUAAAAAGAACGGGAAGAUUUAUCAGAGCAUGUUAUUCUUGGAUUUUGACAAUUCAUUCCUAAAGCCGCCUCCAUCAACACUAAAAUCAACUCCGGAUGUCGUGGGAGCCUCAGUCUACUGAAAGGUCAAAUGAAUCAACCUCUUCCAAGUCAACACUGCUAAGUUUCCACACACGCAUUGCAAAAUUUCAGUUACAAGGAAAUAACUAAUAAAGUUGGACCAAAUUAAUGAAAA